UAUCGGUGUAUGCACUGUACAGUAAGGGAUUGUCGAGAAUGGCUUCGGGAUUUGAUCAAACAAGUAUAUCAUUGCUUGUAUAUAACCGACCCUGUCAAUUCUCAUUCCAAAAGUGUUCUUUACUCGGAAAGCUGUUGAGCCGACGGCCAGCCCUGGCCUGGAUUUGAAUCGAUUUACAAGGAAGACUAUAGGUUAUCUGAGGCGUAAGAUGUUGAUUUUCCUCAUAAAAGUAUUUGGAGAUGCAGCUGGCGACCUUGAAGAGUUUUCCGUUCGUAAGGUCAUACAUAACUUUAUACCUGCUCUGUUAACUCGAUAUUUGAUAGUCUUAUCUUCUUCUACAUUAUCAUUUUAUUGGUAAGUUUUUGGCAAUUUUAAUCUGAUAUGAAAUAAAGUAUUUUAACAAGAUCUAUAGUUAUAUCAACCCAUUGAAUAAAGUUUAGAACAUUUCCUGGGGUAAACCGCGUUAAAGGGUCCACUUCACCCCAAUCAUGUCUGACAAACGGACGAAAGAAGCCGCCCAGUCUGCUGCGCCAGCGCUGGAAACUACCGAUGACCAUCUGAUUAAGCACGACGAACAUAAAUUAACAUCUCGUUCCUCCAAUACCUAAUGUAGCACCUAUCGUUGGUGGUGCUGGCGUGGUACAUGAGGACAAGGAAAAGGCAGAUACGGCUGCUACCUCGUUUAAACACCAUCCAAGUGAGACUCCUGCAGAUCAUCAAUAUGCAUCUGAAGAUCUGGAGAAAGGCUAUUAUGGAAAUGAAUCUGCAGAAACGAAUGUCCGGAUAUUCAAAAAAGGUGGAGUUGUUGGAGGAACAGAAGAAUCAAGUGGAGAAGAUGAUGAUGAAAACCAUUAUAUUUCUGGUGUGCUGUUGGGACUUUUGACUUUUGGUCUUUGCAUGGCUACAUUUACUGUGGCAUUGGAUAAUACUAGUAAGUAUUUACAAUUGAUACGAUCGUCUAGUAAAUAAGACCAUCAACAUCUUGGCAUUGUUGGAUGCAUUAGCCUUGUUAGAUAUUUAGUUGUCUUGCAGGAAAAUCUACUCUAUGGCUCCACUGUUAUAUCCAUAUAACUUAUCGUACAUCAGGUUUAUUGGUAUAAUAAUUUAAAGAUAGUAACAAUCCAUAGUCAUCGCCACAGCUAUUCCAAAAAUCACAUCUGUCUUUAACUCUCUAGGCGAUGUCGGAUGGUAUGGAUCCUCCUACUUACUUACAACAACCGCUCUCCAGCCAUCAUUUGGACGUAUAUAUACCUAUUUUGACGUCAAAUGGACUUAUCUUUCUGCUCUUGUCCUCUUCGAAAUUGGAUCUAUUAUCUGUGCUGCUGCGAGGAAUUCAGUCACGCUUAUUGUGGGAAGAGCAGUUGCCGGCGCUGGAGCUUCGCUUUAUUUUCUGGCGGAAUGACAAUUGUAAGUUGAUUUUGAUUUUAGCAUUGAGUUGGAAUUGCUGUCUAUUUUUCACAAUGUGGAAGUUUGCCUCAACUAAUUCGGGACUAGAUCGGCUUUUCAGUGUCUUUGAUUAGGCGACCAUUAUAUAUUGCCAUGUUAUCAUCAAUGUUUGCCAUUUCCAGUGUCAUUGGGCCUCUUCUCGGUGGUGCUUUAACUGCUAAAGCUUUAUGGCGAUUGUGAGCCUAGUCGUUUCUAUGGUUUCGGAAUUCUU